GUACACUUGCUGUCUGCAAAGUCCCUUCUCCUAGGUGGUAAGAGACUCGCGAUGUCCUGGAUCCAGCGAGUACUCUAUGGGCCAGCUAGGCCCUCGGUGGGCAGCUGGAAGCCCCUGCGCUUUGACAGUGGGGCCUUCCACCUCAAGGGCACAGCAGAACUGGCAAGGGCUUUGCUGGUGCUACGGCUGUGUGCCUGGCCCCCUCUGGUCUCCCAUGGACUGGCGCUCCAGGCCUGGUCCCAGAGACUCCUGGGCUCUCGGCUGUCCGGUGCGCUUCUCCGAGCAUCCAUCUAUGGGCAGUUUGUGGCUGGGGAGACCACAGAGGAGGUGAAGGGCUGUGUCCAGCAGCUCCAGGCCCUAGGCCUCAGGCCGCUGUUGGCAGUACCCACAGAGGAGGAGCCAGACUCCAUUGCCAAGACUGGUGAGGCCUGGUAUGAGGGAAACCUCAACACCAUGUUGCAUUGUGUGGACCUGUCGCGAGCCCUCAUGGACAACCCCAACCCUGCUGGGAAAAGCCUCAUGCAACUGAAGGUGACGGCACUGACCAGCGCUCGGCUCUGUAAGGAGCUAACCUCCUGGAUCCAAAGGCCAGGGGCCUCUUCAGAACUAAACCCAAAGAGGCUGGCAGAAGCCAUGGACUCUGGGAAGGACCUCCAGGUCUCCUGUCUCAACGCUGCGCAGAGCCAGCACCUGCAGGCAUCUCUCAACCGUUUGCAUCGCGUGGCACAGCGUGCCCGAGCCCAGCACGUGAGGCUCCUGGUGGAUGCUGAGUACACCUUCAUCAACCCCGCGCUCUCCCUGCUGGUAGCUGCCUUGGCGUUGCGCUGGAACAGCCCCAGGGAAGGCGGGCCUUGGGUGUGGAACACUUACCAGGCCUAUCUGAAGGACACACAUGAGCGGCUGGAGCGGGAUGCUGAGGCUGCGCACAAGGCUGGCCUGGCUUUUGGGGUGAAGUUGGUGCGAGGUGCCUAUCUGGAAAAGGAGAGAGCAGUGUCUACCCUCCAAGGGACCAAAGAUCAAACUCAGCCUGACUAUGAGGCCACCAAUAUGAGUUACAGCCAUUGUCUGGAGCUGAUGCUGCGUCACGUGUCCAACCAUGGCCCCUCAUGCCACCUCAUGGUGGCUUCCCACAAUGAAGAGUCUGUGCACCAGGCAACUAAACGGGUGAUCAGCAAUGCCAACGUGACCUACAGCAAUCACAGCAGUCCUUGCCAGCCCCCUGCAGGAGACCUUACUGGUUCAACUCCUUGAAUCAUCCCAGCAGGAUGGAUGUUGGUAUCCUAUCUCCCAGAUGAGAAGAUGGGUGCAAGGAAGAGAAGUACAUUCAUCUCUCAGAGCUGCUAUCAUGUAGCGCCCUCUGUGUGGCUUAAAACAAGAACCAAGGGCUGGAGAGAUGGCUUAGCUGUUAAGGCAUUUGCCUUUGAAGCCAAAGGACCCAGGUUAGAUUCCCCAGGACCCACAUAAGCCAGAUACACAAGAUGGCACAUGUGUCUGGA